AUGCCCUCUUCCAUAGCCGAGUACGUUCCCGCAGCCAUUCUCUUCUCGCCUGAAGAUGUGCAGCACUUCACUAAGUGGCAGGAAGAGCACGGAGUAGGCUCGCUGCCUGGUAUUGUUCGAAAUGCCACAGAGUAUUGCGAGUUUCGUGCAUAUCGACGCACUUACGAAGACAACAAAAAGCUCAAGCGCGGUAACACACGGACGCGUAACAGAAAUCCUGCAAACAUGUGCGGACAUGGACUUCAUCCUUCAGAUAUCAUCACCGGCGGAUAUUGCCCAGUCUGCGAAGUGGAAAUGUGUCUCCAGUUCCUCGAUGCGCUCGGCAAGGUAUUCCAGAGAUGUGGCGGCCCUUGGCAGCAAGCGCGCGUUCGCAAUGAGUUCGCUCUAGUCAGACAGUGUUGGCACCUGGCGCGCUUUCAAUUAGUCGAGCUUGUGGAGCUUCUGGACUGCUCGCAAAAGUACGAAGAUGCCUGGGAGAAACAACAUCCAGGCGACGUAGGGUUGAAGCGAAAGCUCUCGUCGUUGGAUGUAGCGCGAGCGAAAGUCGCGAAGGCUCGAGUGAAGAAACACGUCACUUUCACACCGGACACCAACACCUGGACCACCCGCAGCAACGCCUGCUUCUGUCGCAACCCAGCGCAGCGCCAAAAUUACCAACCUGGCAGGCAUGCUGCUCCACUUGGAAUGGAGUGGAUUGACACAUCGCGAACGUCUUCUUCCAUAGCAGAUCUUCUGAACCUGAAGGUAUACGCUACCUGUAUCCAGGCUGAAUUUGACGCCUUGGUCGACGACUCGUCUCUCAGACCACCUAGUCGCUAUCAGGGUAUACUAAGCCUCCACCCCGGUAUUGGAGCGAUCUCAGCAUUCGCCAACCAGUUCUUGCAAGGGGCGGAAACGGCGAGGGAGGAGAUGCUCGAGAUGAUCAGCGUGGCUGAUGCCCUUAUAGUGCUCAUCGGCGAGGGGGACGUGGUGUUAGAUUUGCAUCUUUCUAUUUCGGACGAUGUGGAGGAUGAGGAUGGUUAUGGCGACGAAGAGGUGGAUCAGACAAGGUGGGCCUGCUGGUCUGAGUGCGGCAAUGAGGCAAAGCCUGACGUUGGUGGAGCAGCUGGUAUAGCUGCCAAAUUCGCUGUUGACGACGAGAAGGCGCGAAAAUGUCGGAAGACGGCUGGGUAG